UGCAGUGCUUAUAUUUUGUUUGUGAGUAAAGAGUCCAUAUCUAAGUUAUUUCUAAAAUUAUUUUCCACAUUUAAUUUUUUAUCAACAUUCAUUGUUUUUUUGCCAACAAUUUCAAUGACGCCAAAUAUAUCUGUGGAUACGAAACAUACACUGAGGGAGCCAAUCUCCACAUUCGCAAUUUUGGACUUGGAAACGUCGAAUUUGCCAGCACAUAAUAACAAUCGUGUUAGUAUCACGGAACUUUGCAUCUACGCCUUUGAUCCUGCUGUUUUAAAGGAUAAUGAGAACUCAACGGAUUCGAAACAAAUUGAUGAAUCAUUUUCCCCUGAACUGCCCUCGCCCCCAAGAGUAAUGCACAAGCUCAAUUUACUAUUCCAGCCGUCGAUGCUUGUACAUCCGGAAGCAGAAAUUAUCACAGGCUUGAACAACUAUAUUUUGGAGCGCGAGUCAAAGCUGGACAGUAAUUCAGGUGAACUUAUAAAGAGAUUCUUAGAGCAUUUGCCUCCUCCAGUUUGUCUUAUUGCGCAUAAUGGCUGGGGAUUUGAUUUCCCCAUUGUUAGGAAAGCUCUUAAUAAGUUAAAUAUCAGUUUGCCAGCUUCGACGCUUUGCGUUGAUUCGUUGCGCGGCUUCAUGGAAAUUGACGAUAAACUAAACGAUAAGAAUGCAGUGGUAGAGGGUAAUUUGCCAACUGAUAUUAAAGCCGAGCAGAUUGAUAUUGUUGAUAAUUCAAUUGACCCCGUCACCCAAAAAGAAAUCGACUGGCAAUCAUUAAAUGAAAACACGCCAAAGCGGCAAAUUCUGAACCGCGCAGAUGCACUACUCAAACGCAAGCAUUUGAACGCUGAUGAUACGGAUAUACCUGCAAACAAAAGGACAUUGCAAGACAUGAAAUCACGACGUCAACUUUUUACUGGUCUCAACUGUGCCUCAACAAAACGAUAUCCCCCCCGCGGUCGUUAUCGCUUAUCCCAUAUGUAUGAGCGUAUAUUCAAGCGACCGGCUAUAAAUGCUCAUCGAGCCGAGGCGGAUGUCAUAAUGCUCACAAAGCUGAUCCAACACUACAAUGUUAAUUUUGUAGCCUUUGCCGAGGAGCAAGCCAUUCCCUUCACAGAAGUUGUACCGAUUGGUGGCAAGACUUCAAAUUGCACUAAUUAAUUAUAAGUUUUAUAACGGAAUAUGUUUGCAUGCUUGCAUGACUAUUUUAUUUAU